GAUGAGGGUGUAUCCACGUGAGCUUGGGACACAUCUCUUUUACGAUUCCGAAGAUGAUUCCGCAUCAACAUUGGAAAGUAGCGACGAGACUCGAGAAGAGCUAGACAGGCAGAUUCAGGCCCAAAUUUCGGAGAAGAUCGACAAGGCAAUGACAAUGGAGAGAAACGCUUAAGGGUGGUGGUAGUUCUUCACUAUAUACUCCAUGCUCAAAUUUAAUCGGUGAGUUUUCCUUCGACUUCAUCCCUACUGGCAAACAAUAUGAGGAUAGGCAUCCAUGUUUUUCAGGUGUCCUACGGUUCCGCUACUUGUGCGCGUCAUUAUGGAGGUUUUAGGAAGUUGCGCACUCCUCUAGAGUCGAAGAAUAAGUAUUAAAUACAAGACAAGUUUUAUCCAUGCAGCCAACAACAUUUAUGGUUAUUGAUCAGUUGUUGAAUAGUACAUGGUGAAAAAUUACCACCGUAGCUAAGAGAAAGAGUGUGCGAAAGCUCUUUGGGACGGUAUGGAAGGUUCAACCCAGGCACGAGAGACCGACGAGGAUGCCAGAAGUGGUCAAAAUUGUUCUGAUCUUUUAAACUUCGAAAGGCAGAACAAGUUUCUUGGACCACGCACAGAUUGUGAUGCAGCUCCUAAAAAUGCAAGUGCAAGCAGAAGGGAUAUGAACAGCAGCUGCACAUCGUCACCAACAUCAGCAAAUAAGGGACC